AACAUUAAACCCAGCGUGCCGCGGAAGGGCGCCCGUUUGUCGAGGGAACACGCUCAGAUCUGGAAAUACAGCCCCACUGGCAGGGAGGAAGCGCGGAAGGGUAUUCUUGGGAGCGAACAGUUUGUUAUCAAAGGAAGCCUAGCUGGAGCUGCUGUAUAUGUGGCAUAUGAUCAGGGGCUGCUGGGCAGUGGCACACAAGGUGCUGAAGCACUCAAAAAAGCUCAAGCAGCACUGCCUCCAGCUAUCCAGGAGUGGACGAGUUACCUAGGCUGGGAGCUCCCACCCACUCCAAAAUUUGACUUUUCCCUCUCUGAUUCCUGGAAUAAAGGAGUGCAGUCAGUCAUGUCUGCCUUGUCUGUAGCUCCCGCCAGGGCCUGUGAAUACACGGUGGAAGGCUGGAAGUAUGUGAAGGAUCUUGUCAAAUGAACGCGUUCUCCAGGGUUCAUGAUUCUCUCUGUCCUCUGUUGUCUUUGAGAGGAUGCAGAGUCCGUCGCUCUGGAGGGCAGCUCAGCCGUGUAAGGGCUACAAUAAAAGACUUUGGAACUUCAA